AUGGGAGAAACGGAAAAGCUAGAAAUUCCAAUUACAAAAUUACAAUGGGGAUUCCGAGGUACCCAAGUGGUUUUCGCGUUUUUUGCUAUGGCUACAAUUUCUGCAGUUAUUGCAUUUGACAACAAAUUCAUUUCAAGUAAAAUUUUGGAUAAUAUGUACUUGUUUGUAUUAAUCAUAUCGAUGUUCUUUGCGGGAGCAAUUGUCGGAAUUCCCUACGUUUAUCUUCGAUAUGGAAAACUUAAAUCAGUAGCGAGAGCUUUACGACAUUUACGAAUAGAAUUUGUUUUGUCAGCAAUUUGGGCUUUUUUGUUGUUUUGUUCAACACUUGGAGUGACAAUUGAAAUUGCGUUAAGAAAAUGUGCUCCUUCUGAUUAUUCCAAGGAAUUUCUUAAUUAUACGGCGGGAAAUAAAACAAAUGGUGAACAUCUUUUUGAGAAAGGAUUAAAUAGAGCAUGUUCAACACAACGAGCAAGCAUUGCUUUUGGAUGGUUUGCUCUUGCUUCUUGGAUAGGAUCAAUGCUAUUAAUUACUAAAGGGUGGUAUGAUAAUCGAAGACAGCCGGUAAAGCAUGAUUAUCAUCCACAUGAAGUUACAAUGCAUUCGAAUUCAUCGAGGUCUUCAUUAGAGGAAGGUGGAGUUCCAGAAGUUGGUCAACAACAACCACCAGCAGUUGCACCGCCACAAUAUCAACCUCAACCACCACCCACAUCACCUCCGUUACCUCCUCAACCACAGCAAUAUCAAACUUACACAAUAUCUCCGUCACCAUCCCAUGCUGUUCCAGCCGGAAAUCCUAUAUCAAUUCAAAUACCUGGACCUCAAAUUCCUCCGGGUGGUAUUUCUUUCCCUGAACCAAAGCAUUAUUGA